UCACUGCUACUGAAAAAACGUAUAUAGGGACUGAAACUGAAAGUGUGACUUUCUUCUGCUAGAGGCAACUGCAAGUUAGCUAGAUAUCGUUUUUUUUUGCGUUCUAAAAUGCCCCAAACAUAAUUUUGGACUUCAGACUUGUAAGCAAGCCCGACUCUUCGUAGUCAAACUUUUGAAAGUGUGGACCGAAGUUAGUCCUGCUGUUCGAAUGUAAACAUCCUUCCACUGUACGGAUAUUGCGCAAAUGAUGUUUGGAUUUAAACUAGCUGGCUCGUUAGCCCUGCAUUUGUUUUGCUAGCUUGUUAGUCAAACUACAGAAUGAACAGACAUAAGUACUUGCUUGAUCGACAUACCUUACAUCACACUUUAAUGAAAACGUAUGCUAUAACUGAGUUAUGAAAGUCAGCGUUUGUCUAACAUUAACGUUACAAUGUUAGCUAGCUGGAUUAUCGUGAAAUAGCUAAGUUAGCUAAAACAUCAAGCUUGAGAAUUGCAUUGUUAUUUAGCUCACGCCCACUGCCGCAAUUGUAAUAAUGCAAUGGCGUAACGUUAGUUAAUAGCAAUGUUAACUUAGCAAUUUCACGUUAGUUGUUAGUAAUACAGAAAAUUAAGUUAAGCUAGAUACAGUAACUGUUACAGCUUUGAAUUGGACCGGGGCCUGGUGUCACCCUCUCUAGAACUUGUAACGUUAGGCUAGAUAGAGUACUCGGAAGUCUGCAAAUUACCUAUGCUCACACCUAACCAGUGGACCUGAGCGAAAGCAUUAACGUUAACUUAUCUACGUACGGAUUCCCGAGCGGCCUUGCAGAGAAAGUUCUACGAAGAGCCACCAUGGGGUUUGUGACUUUUUUGUUUUCCACCAUUGGGAAAGCGAUAGACAUUUUACUCUUCAUGCUGGAUCUGAACUUCUGCAUUGUAAACUCUCUGGUCCGGCUGUUGGGGGUCCUAAUUACCUUUGUUAAUAGCCUGCCCGCAUUGCUGCUGAAGUCACUGGAGGAGUUCUGGAACUUCGCACGGUUUUGCUUGUUCACCGCUGGCGAGAGCACAGCCACGGCGGCCCAAGGUGCGCUCGUUGCCUCGCAGCAGCUUCUGGGCUGCACAUCAGAGAGCUUCAAGAUGGCGGGUCACCUGUCCUGCUACAUACUGGUUCGCGCUAAGGAGCUGCUGCACCGCUGGGCGCUGUGGGGGCACUGGCUGCUGCUACAGCUUUGGGAAGCCGGGGACAUCACCCUGAGCCUGAGUCUGUACAUCCUCAACACCUUGGUGAACAUGCUCCUGAUCGGCACACAGAGCUGCUACAGUGCGGUGGUCUGGAUCUGUGAAGCAGUGUGUGGCUCCUUGCAGAAAUCUGUGGAGCUGGGCCUGGCCCUGUUCACUAUCCUGUUCAGCAGUGUGCAGAGCGUGGCUGUCCUGCUGUGGACACCCUGCCAUUUAAUCCUGGAGUUCCUUUGGUCUGUUGCGCACGUGUUCGUCAGCGUCUUCAUCCUGAACGCCUACGGCCUGGCGCUGACCGCGGGCGUGGUCGUGGCGACCGCGCUGUACCUGAACAUGGACCUGCUGCGGCACGGCGUUCACGACGUCCUGCGCUACGUCAGCGGCGUCCCGGCUCUGUGCCGUCUGCGCCGGGCCCUGUGCCGGCUGUACCCGCUGGCUCUGGAGCGCGCUCAGACCGUGCUGGAGACGGGCGUGUGGCUGCAGAGAGGCGGCAGGCCUGCCGAGGGCCAGGAUAGGGGGGCCAGCGACGGCACAAGGCUCCCACCUCCCAUCCUGCAGCAGGGCCCUCCGGCGACUGGGGGCACGGCUGGAGGAAGGAGCCGGCGGGAGGACGAGGCCCCGGUGCUGCCGGGCGUCUCAGCGGGAGACUGCCGGGCUCAGGCCCCUGGGCCCCCGGCAGACAGCCUGCUGACCCUGCUGAAGGAGCAGGAGGACCUGAAGAAGUGCGUCAUCUGUCAGGACAGCAGUAAGACCGUGCUCCUGCUGCCCUGCCGCCACCUGUGCCUGUGCCGCAACUGCGCCAACCUGCUCCUCUCCCAGCCCAUUUACCGGCACAACUGCCCCCUGUGCCGACACAUGAUCCUCCAGACCCUGGACGUGUACGUCUGAGGGCCAGCGUUCGGGUCCACCGGUGCCCUGACACUGCAGGGCUGUAACACUUCCCUGCCUGCGCCUGGAUGUGAAUGACUGUGCCCGCUUUUUCACUGGACCAAAAGCUGAACUCACAGCGAAACACAAGAUCCUGUCUGUAUGUCUAUUCCCCAGUUCACUUGUCUGAAAGUCUUGGUUGGACCAAAGUGCUGUUUGUUUUGGUGCAAAAAUGGGUAAAGCUGCAGAAUAGGUGCACACACUAGAGCGUGACAUUUUUGGCUGAGCUCACAGUGUCUCAUUAUGCAUACUGUGGGAACCCGAAAAGCCUGUUCAUACUUUUCCUGUUCAUUUUUCUAAGCAAAUGUUAUUUUUUAUUUUUUAAGAAGGGUAUUUAAUGUUCAGGCAGGUGAUUAGUAGAAGAUUAUUCUAGUGUGUGUGUGUGUAUAUAUACCCUAGGUCACUGCACAUCUGUAUUCCAGCUGAGGAGUGCUGGACUGAUGCUGGUUGUGUAACUGGAUCAGUGCGCCAGGUACAGGGUUGCCAUGUACACAGAAGAAUCUUCUGGAAAAAUUCUGUUUCUCUGCAAUUAGUAUGGGAGUAAGGCAUUUUACCAUGCUGUUUAAAAUGGAAAUGUUUUCACUUGCAUACACAUUUAUGAUACCCUUUUAUGGCAAUUGUGUUUUUCAGUAAAACAUUACUUAGUGUUGAUGCCUGUUGAAAUUCUAGCCGGCUUGGCUUUGUUCCCCUGCCUUUGAUCGAAUCGAGUGCCGGACCAAGUAUUGAUCUGUUUUUUCAAAAAUGCCAUUAAGUUAUUAGGACAAUGCAAUCCCUAUCUAUUAUGUGCCUUCUCCAAAAUGGUAUUGACCAGAGCUCUUUGAAGUCUAAAGUUGCCUUUUUACUGUAGAAAAUGUCUGUCCGUUGUGGGCCCAGUAAUUCAAUUGUGUCACAGUUAUGGGCUGAGAAUUCUGCUUAAGUGAAUAAGAAUGCAAACAUGGUGUCUCAGGCCUUUUUUGGCCCAGGUUCUGUUGCUGAAUGUUCUGGGAAACACAAAUGGUUUAUUUGCAUGUGCCAGGAGUGCUUCACACUCUUAGUUUCAGCCCCACGUCCCAAUUUAAAAUCUGGUCAGUCACAUUGUCUAUUGCUUUGUAACCUGAGCGUAACCUUAGCACGAAUUGCUGAUGUAUUCGUGCCUGUGCCAUUGUCUUUAUAAUUGCAAGUCAAUCAGUGGUUCACCAGGUGUCAAUUUUGCCUGAUAGAAAUGCAGGAAAAUGCUCAUUUUUUUAACUCGCUAAAUUCCCUCGAGUCAACCUUGUUAUCUGUAGGAAAGAGCAUUAAAUCUCCAUCAGAUCACCAUCUCGGUGAAAGCUUAUCCAGACAUUUUCAGAAACUGAAAAUAAUAUUUUAAUACAUUGUAUACAAUGCAGGAUAUUAUAUUUGAGGACAUGCCAAACAUCAGUCCGUGAACUCAUUGUGUAAAUGUAAAUUUAAAAAUGAUAUCAUGAAAACUCCCUCUGUGCUUCAAAUAUCUCACAGCAUCCAAGAAUGCAAUGUUUACAGCCAUUGGCUUCAUAAAAUUCAGUCCUGAGUUGAAGUGCCCUGGUUUUUGGUGACUGUAUACUAGCAGAGCAUCUGAGGGAUUUCCUCUUUAGAGUGCACAUCUACAGUCUUCCAGGGGUGUACAGCUGUUUGUAAUGUACCACUCAGGGUUAGAACUUGACGUUUCUUAUUUUCACUGUCCAAUUAAUUGAUGGAUGUAGGUUUUUGAUGUUUUUGAUAAGCUAUCUUCUGGUUAUAAGCUUGUUUUUGUAGGUUUUUCCUUUUUUGACGAGCUAUCUUCACAGAUGGAUGGGGUUGGAUAUUGUCUUUUGUUUGGUUUAAGCAACCAACUGAACCAAGUAAAAAUCUCUAAACCAUUAAAUGGUAAAUUUCAUGGCGCAUGGCGAAGAUUCUUCUCAUUCACCCAUUCAUACACACACUCACACACCAAUAGCAAUUGGCUGCCAUGCAAGGCACCAACCAGCUCAUCAGGAGCAAUUGGGAGUUAGGUGUCUUGCUCAGGGACAUAUCGACACAUCCAGGGAGGGAUCGAACCGGCAACCCUCCGGCUGCCAGGUGACUGCUCUUACUGCCUGAGCCAAUUUCAUUACACCCCUGUGUCACUGUUGGUAAACCCCGUUAUAUUGUGCAGAUUGCUCUGUAGAUAAUAUGUUUACUGACAAUAAUAAUGAUGGCAUGCAUUAGAUGACAUUCUGCACUGUACAUUUUAUGUGGCAGUCUUCAUUUCCUGUUUGCGAUGCAGUCCAAGCUGUAACUGAAUAAUGUUUUUUGUAAAGUUACUCUAGGUCGAAAAUAUACCUAACAACAUUUCACUACUUCUGUAGAAACUCUUUUUGCUUUGCUGUGCAUGGGCUACCAUCAGAACUAUUUUAUGGGUUUAUACAACCCAUGCUGCAUAACUACUGAUUAUGUCAGAAAAAACUACUGGACAGAGCAUUUGUGGAUUUAUGAGAUUUCUGUCUUACCAUUAUGCAGCCAUAGUGCACAAGGAUAAUAUUAAUUGAAGGAAAAUUAAAAAUGUGUGUUAAUACAGAUUAAGAUUAUGCCAUUGGUAUUAUAUUUCCAUCUGCUUGAGGAAUUUUGCUGAAACAUGCAACACUUCCAUACACAUUCCAAACUUUUAAAUACAUGGAUUGUGAUGUUAUUUUCAUAUCUCCAGGCUUAUUUUAAUUUGAAAAAUAGAAAUGAUUUAACCCUGGAGUUUAUUGUAAGUAAGUGUAAGUGUAAGUGAUAUAUAUUUUUUGAUAUGUGAUAUAUGUUUUUAUACAUCUUGGCAUGCUGGUAAUUGGGAAUUAUAAUUGAGUGAAUCACUCAGUAUUUUGAAAAACGGAAUAAAUCACUACUUUGUAA